AUGGCAGACCACCUCCCCCCCGAACUCUCCGCGCAACUGCGCCAACUGGACAUCGACCUCGAAGAAGGCGACAUCACGCGGAAAGGAUACGAGAAGAGGCGGGCGAUGAUUCUGGCGCAGUUUUUACCGGCCGCGGUGAAUGAGGGACAAGAUGGGAGGACGGGGAGUAUGCUCAGCCACGAACAGGCGCAAGCACAAUUGUCACAAGUCGGAGGAGGAGGACAUUCGAGACAGACGAGUCGAGGGAGUGUCAUUCCCGCGGGACCGUUUAUGCAGGAUUAUUCAUCAGGAGGUCCGGGAGAUGGGUAUGCGGGGCAGCAACAAUAUGAUGGACGAGGAGGGGAGGGAUUCGAGCCGCCGAGCCAGGUGCAGCGGUUUCAAGAGCAGCAGUUGGGAAUGGUGCCGCCGCCGAGGGCUCAGGCUUCGCAGCAGUUCGCUCAGCAACAACAACAGUCGCAACGGCAGAGUUCGUUUAGUAUGCUGCAACCUGCUCCACAGGGGAAUCGGCCGGGGAGUAAUCACAGUCGGUACAGUUCGAUGGUGAGGGAUGAUUAUGCUUUCAACCCGGAUGCGAAGACGCCAGGAGGAGGAGGAGGAUGGGGAGGGAGUGAGGCUGGGAGCAGGAUGAGCACGAUGCUGGACUCUCAACAGGGAUAUUUUUCGGAUUUCGCGGGACAGCAACUCGCGGAUCAGAGGCCGCGGGAGAGUUAUGGUGGACCGCAGAGGUAUAGCAUGGGCGAAGCCUUUUCUCCCACGGCGAUGAUUCCGCCUCCGUUGAUGAGGGAUGAUCUACCGAGUGCGCAUGUUCAUCAAUUACCACUGGAGCCGAGAGAUGUGCCUUUUGCCGUGCACGAUCCGCAUAACAGCAGUAUUCCCAUGUCGAACUUCGACAACAUUGGAGCAGUCCUGCGACAUCGAGGAAAAAUGCAAGCCCGCCAACCAGCGUACUGGGUUCUGGACUCCAAGGGCAAAGAAACAGCGAGCAUCACCUGGGAUAAAUUUACCUCUCGCGCGGAGAAAGUCGCCCAAGUCAUCCGGGACAAGUCGAAUCUCUACCGCGGCGACCGCGUAGCUCUCGUAUACCGCGACACGGAGGUCAUCGAAUUCGCCAUCGCGUUGAUGGGAUGUUUCAUCGCGGGGGUAGUGGCCGUACCGAUCAACAAUGUCAACGACUAUCAGAAACUAUCCCUCCUCUUGACCACCACGCAAAGUCACCUCGCCCUCACGACGGAUAACAAUCUCAAAGCCUUCUCGCGGGACAUUUCAAAUCAGAAAUUGAAGUGGCCGACGGGCGUGGAGUGGUGGAAAACAAACGAGUUCGGGUCCUAUCAUCCGAAAAAGAAGGAUGGAGAUGCACCGUUGCAGGUCCCGGAUUUGGCGUAUAUUGAGUUCUCGAGAGCGCCGACGGGGGAUUUGAGAGGAGUGGUGUUGUCGCAUCGCACGAUCAUGCAUCAGAUGGCGUGUUUAUCCGCGAUGGUGGCAACGAUUCCGACGACUUCGGCGAAGGAUGUGGAUACGUUUUCGAGUACGCUGAGGAGCACGGAUGGGAGUUAUAUUGUCAAUCGACCGGGACGGCAUGAGACGAUCAUGAGUUACCUGGAUCCGAGGGAGAGUUGUGGACUUAUUUUGGGCGUACUGUUGGGGGUUUAUGGCGGCCAUACGACGGUCUGCUUUGAGAGCAAGACGGUCGACACACCGGGUUUGUAUGCCCAUCUGAUCAGCAAGUAUCGCGCGACGAUCAUGGUGGCGGAUUAUCCCGGACUGAAGAGAGCGGCGUAUAAUUACCAGCAGGAUCCCAUGGCGACGCGGAAUUUCAAGAAGAAUAUGGAGCCAAAUUUUUCCAGCGUCAAGAUUUGUCUGAUUGACAGUCUGACGGUCGACGCGGAGUUUCACGAUAUCUUGGCGGAUCGAUGGUUGAAACCGAUGAGGAAUCCGCGCGCGAGGGAAUUGGUCGCGCCCAUGUUGGCGUUGCCGGAACAUGGCGGGAUGAUCAUUUCCGUCCGGGACUGGCUGGGAGGGGAAGAGAGGAUGGGGUGUGAUCUCACACUGAUGAGGGAAGAGGAGGAUGUCGAAGGGGAUAGUGAUGACAAUGUUCCUGAGAGUCCGAGCACGGCGAAUAAUUACACCAGUCUGCUGGAUAGCACACAUUCUGGGAAAGGACGCAAGGCGGUUGCGUCGUCGCAGAGUAAGAGGGGACGCACCGAGUUGAGCGAAGUCCUGCUGGACAAGGAGAGUUUGAAGACGAAUGAGGUGGUUAUCAUCGCGAUGGGGGAGGAGGCGGUGAAACGAGCCAAUGAACCUGGGACGGUGAGGGCGGGUGCGUUUGGAUAUCCCAUUCCGGACGCGACAUUGGCGCUCGUGGAUCCGGAGACGAAUUUGUUGUGUGCUCCCUUCACGGUCGGCGAGAUCUGGGUGGACUCACCGAGUUUGAGUGGAGGUUUCUGGGCGCUGCCGAAACAUACCGAGACGAUUUUCCACGCGCGGCCGUAUCGAUUUGUGGAAGGAUCCCCGACGCCGGUAUUGGUGGAGCCGGAGUUCCUCCGCACGGGACUUCUGGGGUGUGUGAUUGAAGGCAAAGUCUUCGUCUUGGGACUGUACGAAGACCGGAUACGACAGCGAGUAGAAUGGGUCGAACACGGCGCGCACGAAGUCGAACACCGAUAUUUCUUCGUCCAACACCUCGUCGCGAGCGUGAUGAAGACGGUGCCGAAGAUUUACGACUGCUCCGCGUUUGACGCGCAUGUGAAUGGCGAGUAUCUCCCCAUCAUCCUCAUCGAGACGCAAGCGGCGAGCACGGCGCCGACGAAUCCCGGUGGUCCGCCGCGGCAACUGGAUAUUCCUUUCCUCGACUCGUUGAGUGAACGGGUCAUGGAGGUGUUGUAUCAGGAACAUCAUUUGCGGGUGUAUUGCGUGAUGAUGACGGCGCCGAAUACGCUUCCCCGAGUGAUUAAGAAUGGGAGGAGGGAUAUCGGGAAUAUGCUCUGUCGGAAAGAAUUCGAUAAUGGGAAUUUACCCUGUGUGCACGUCAAAUUUGGCGUGGAGCGCGCGGUGCAGAAUUUGCCGCUGGGUGAUGAUCCGGCGGGAGGGAUCUGGAGUCCCAUGGCGAGUCAGGUCAGGCAGGAUAUGUUGGCCAUGCACUCGGAUAAGCAGUACUCGGGGGUCGAUCACAGGGAGGUGGUGAUUGACGACCGAACGAGUACCCCGCUGAACCAAUUCAGCAAUAUCCACGAUCUGAUGCAGUGGCGGGUGACUCGCCAGGCGGAGGAAUUGGCGUACUGCACGAUUGAUGGACGAGGAAGGGAAGGGAAAGGUGUGAACUGGAAGAAAUUCGACCAGAAAGUCGCGGGCGUGGCGAUGUACCUCAAAACAAAGGUCAAAGUCCAACCGGGCGAUCACCUCUUGUUGAUGUACACCCACUCGGAAGAUUUUGUCUACGCGGUCCACGCGGCGAUGUGUCUGGGAGCCGUGGCGGUCCCGAUGGCGCCUAUCGACUCGAAUCGCUUGAACGAGGACGCCCCGGCAUUGCUGCAUAUGAUCGCCGACUUCCGCAUCAAAGCCAUCUGCGUGAACGCGGACGUGGACGCGUUGUUGAAGCAAAAGGUCGUCAGUCAGCAUUUGAAGCAGUCGGCGUUGAUAUUGAAGGUCAACCUGCCGCCGACAUUCAACACGAGUAAACCGCCGAAACAAUCCCACGGAUGUCGAGACUUGGGACUGACGAUUCGACCCGCGUGGAUCGGAGCGGGGUAUCCCGUUGUGAUUUGGACGUACUGGACGCCGGAUCAGAGACGUAUUGCCGUCCAACUGGGGCAUAAUACAUUGAUGGCGCUGUGUAAAGUGCAAAAGGAGACGUGUCAGAUGACGUCGACCCGGCCGGUGUUGGGGUGUGUGAGGAGCACGAUGGGACUGGGAUUCUUGCAUACCUGUCUCAUGGGUGUGUUCCUCGCCACGCCGACGUAUCUCGUCAGUCCGGUGGACUUUGCGGGGAAUCCGAAUAUUCUCUUCCAGACGCUGGCGAGGUAUAAGAUCAAAGACACGUAUGCGACGUCGCAAAUGCUGGAUCACGCGAUUGCGCACUCCGCUGGAAAAGGACUGCAUUUACAUGAGUUGAAGAACCUGAUGAUUGCGACCGAACAACGCCCCAAAGCAGAUGUGUACAACCGCGUACGCCUCGCUUUCGCGCACUCCGCGCUCGACAAGACGGCCAUCAACACGAUUUACUCGCAUGUGCUGAAUCCCAUGGUCGCGAGCCGGAGUUACAUGUGCAUCGAGCCGAUUGAGCUCUACCUCGACCCUGCAUCCCUGCGGCGAGGACUGGUGGUUCCCGUCGACCCGGACCAGGAACAAUUCGCGUUGCUGGUGCAGGAUUCCGGUAUGGUGCCCGUGAGCACGCAAAUCAGUAUCGUCAACCCGGAGACGAAUCGCCUCUGUCUCGUCGGCGAGUACGGGGAGAUAUGGGUGCAGUCGGAAGCGAACGCUCACUCGUUUUAUGGGACGAAAGAUGCGUUUGAUGCGGAGCGGUUCAAUGGACGGACGGUGGAUGGAGACCCCGGGGUGAGGUAUGUUCGUACGGGAGACUUGGGGUUCUUGCAUAGUGUCAGCCGACCGAUUGGCCCGGGCGGGAAUAUGGUGGAGAUGCAGGUGUUGUUCGUCCUGGGGAGUAUCGGGGAGACGUUUGAGGUGAAUGGCCUGCAGCAUUUCCCGAUGGAUGUCGAGGCGAGUGUGGAACGAUGUCAUCGCGCGCUCGUCCGGGGAGGGUGUGCGAUUUUCCAAGCGGGGAGUUUGCUCGUGUUGAUUGCGGAGGUGAGGACGCGCGCGUUCCUGGCGAGUCUGGUGCCGAUUAUUGUCAACACGGUGUUGAAUGAGCAUCAACUCGUCCUGGACAUCGUGGCGUUUGUCGCGUUGGGGGAUUUUCCGAGGAGUCGGUUGGGGGAGAAACAGAGGGGGAAAAUUCUCGCGAGUUGGGUGAGUCGCAAGAUGAGAACCAUUGCGCAAUUCUCGAUCCGCGACCCGGAUGCGGAGGGGAGUGUGGGCACUGCGGUGCCGGAAGAGGCGGCGUUGGUGAGGAGGCAUAGUGGUCCCGCGACGAAUGGGAGUAGCUCUGUGCAUAAUGGGUCGAGUUUGAGACAGAUGGAGAGCGCGCAGGAACUUGGUAGGUCUGGUGGUGGGGAGGGAGGAGGGUUGAUGCCGCCGCCUAUGCCGGAGGAUCAUCUCAUGUUGCAGACGCAUCCGGCGGUGAUGAGCAGAGGGGACGAUGUGGUGACGCCGACGGGGGAGACGCCGAGGCCGCUGGCACUGAAUACCACGCUGGAGUACUCGCCUGUGAACUUUUCGUUGACGCCGGGGGAGGGCGAUAGGAGGGGUCCGCCGCCUAGUGGACCGAAUUGGGGACUGGACGAUGAGUUGGAUUUACCCACGCCGGAUAGUUAUGGGAAAGGGUUGAUGGGCGAGGAUGCGUUCCGGCAUGGGUAUCCGGAGUAUCCUUCUGGGGGGGAUGGCGGGUAUGAUACCGAGAGUCCGGUGGAGAUGCCUCGACCACUGGGAGGGGGGUUGAGGGUGGCGAAUGCGGGGAGGAGGGAUAGUAGUAGUAGUGGUAGUGAAGAGGGGAUUGGAGGAGGGGAAAAGGGAGGGGAUGAUUGGGCGGGGGAGGCAUUGAGGGAUUUGAGGAUUGAGAAGUAG